AUGAUGAAUUCAAACAGUUUAAACGAAAGCUCAACCGAUUCCUCUUCAUCUUCAUCUAACUCGGAUGAUGAGGGAAGGGAGCUUAGAGUUCAACAACGUAAUGAAGUGUGUCUUAUGAUACAACACGUAAUGCAUGAGUACAUUCCACCAAUAAUUCAAGCUGCCACUCAGCAAUGCCGACACAAAUCUACUGAGCCCCGAAAGGAUAGGGGACGCGAAGAAGGUCAUGCACAGUUAUUUGCAAAACACCAGGAAGCUGCAAGGAAAGACGUUGAACGCGCAUUUGGGGUCCUUCAAGCUCGUUUUGCCAUUAUUAAAAAGCCGUCUUUGGCGUGGGAUACCGACAUACUCCACAAUAUCAUGCUCGCCUGCAUCAUAAUACAUAAUAUGAUCGUUGAAGAUGAACGAGAGACGUAUCAAAAUAACGUUAAUACCAAUGAGUUUAUGAAUGCUGGAGGCAACGCUAAUGAGGACACUACCGAGUACCGUACUGAUCGUAUUGUGGAUAUCGGCUUAUACUUGUCUCGUAGAACAGAGAUUGAGGAUCAACAGACUCAUUUGCAGCUAAAAAACGACUUGGUCGAACAUAUAUGGAAUAAAUUUGGUAACAACGAAAACUUAGGCAACUAG